AUGCAGCUGUCUUUGAUUAUACCUUUGUUCUUUGUUGUAGUUUCGAGGAUGUAUGAUAUCCAUCUUUUUUGUGACUUUUGCACACUUAGCAUAAUCUGGAAGGUCGCUCUAAUAUGUUUAGACGCUCGUAAUAUGUUUGAAAUUAGUCACCACAUCGCUCGUAAUAUGUUUGAAAUUAGUUCCAUUCUGGUUGGCUGCCACUGCCUAGUUCUUCACGUCCAUUUGACAAAUCAUCUCCGUGUCCUGCUCUUUAACGAACUUGCUUUUAUCUUUAAAUCUUCAAAACUUCUAUGUACUGUACCAGAAGGUGCAUCCUCUGUUGUAAUUAUAGUGAAGAUGCGUAUCGAAAUCGACAAUUGCUACUCUCUCUGUCUUGGCG